UCCGUGGUUCCGACACAGAAACAUAACUAUGGGUUCUUACUAAAAACGUAACGGUGUCGUUUUAGUGGAAGUUUGCGUGCUGAAUAACCCAGGAAGAAAACGAUAACUGCAAGAGAUUCAAAAGCUUAAUCAGAAGCAAACAAAAAAAUAUCUGACAAUUCUAUCUUCUUCUUCGUUUUUUUUUUCUUUGUUUCCUCUCUUUCACGAGAGUGACUUCUCAGUUUCGAUUGAUUCUUUUCCUUUUCCGCUCCCGAUUGCUUACUCUUUCCUCUGAGAGUAUGGUGAAAUGAUGGCAGCAGGAGAAGCAAGAGCUGUGUGGCAAAGAACAGUUAACCGUUACUUUGUCCAAGAAGACGCUAAAAGAGCUCCCAAGUUAACAACCUCUUGCCAAUCUUCUUCAUCAACUGUUUCAUCUAAACAGGUUGAAGAUUCUGGAUCUUCUCGUCCCGUUGUUGAUCCACACAACCAAUCAUCAUCUUGUGCAGGUUUCAUGCCUCGUCAUCCAAACCCGAACUUCCCUCAUAUGUUACCACACAACACCAGUUUGUGGGGACAUCACCAUCACAUUCAGCAAGACCACAAGGAACAAGUGAACACUCCAUUGGAAGCUGAGGUUGAUAUCUCUGAGAAGAAACCUGAAUUGGGGGCCAAGUCUUUUAAGUCUGAAAGCUUUCAAGAGUUUAUAGAGUUGAUGGAGACAAAGGAAAGUUAUGUUUCUUUUGGGAAAGAUGAAUCCUCCUCUGAGAACAAGUUAUUGAAUGAGCUACCUUUCGAUCCGAGCUCUCCAUGGAAUCCUCUCUCUAGCGAGAAAGCUGCACCUUGGUGGCGAACUACAGACAAAGAUGAACUAGCUUCCUUGGUUGCACAAAGGUCUCUAGACUUUGUCGAGAACUGCGACCUGCCAACACCACAGAAGAUGAACCGCUCUUACUACGGUAGUCCACGUUCUUUCGACUCUGAUGCAUUCCGGGACCACUCUAUCCCCAACCAAACCACCCACGCGCCAAGGAGAGGAAACAGCUUCAAGAACAGAACAGAGGAGGCUUCCACCGAGUCUGACUUAAGCAAAUCAAAGCUGCUAGAAGCGCUGAGACGCUCUCAGACGCGAGCUAGGGAAGCUGAAAACAUGGCUAAAGAAGCGUGUGCAGAGAAAGAGCAUUUGGUGAAGCUUUUUAUCAAGCAAGCCUCAGAGCUUUUCGGGUAUAAGCAGCUGCUGCAACUGCUUCAGCUUGAAUCACUUUACCACCAAAUCAAGAGCAAGAAGAUUGAGGACAGCAAGGAGCCGCCACCUGUUUCGAUCCCUUGGAGCAGUACCAAAGGGAGAAAAGCGGGGAGAAAGAGAAGAAGCAAAAGGAGUAAACCGAAUGGGUUUGUUGGUUUAGCAUUGGGGAUGAGUCUGGUUGGUGCUGGUUUGCUUCUGGGAUGGACUGUUGGAUGGAUGCAGAUGCUUUCUUUCUAGUCUGAAAAAAUCACUCUUUUUCUAAAUGAGCAGCUUUGAUAAAUGAGUAUGUAAACUGUUGUAAGAAUUUUGUUAAUAUUGUGUUUCUAGUUUGAUCUUUUUUUUUUCUU